AAAAAACUCAAAAUGUCUUCAAAGAAAUGGUUUGUGCUUGGUAUUUCGGGUGCAACAUGCAGUGGAAAGACUUCUUUAACUAAUCGACUUCAUAAUGAGUUAAAAAACUCAGUAGUGAUAUACCAAGACAACUAUUUCUUACCGAAAAACGAUCCACGUCAUGUAAAAAUUGAUGAACUUAAUCAUUUAAACUGGGAAGUAAUAACCAGUAUGGAUAUGAACAAAAUGCGUUCAGAUGUUUUACAAUUGAUCGAAUCGUCACCUACAGAAAAUAGUUCUUACGAAACAGUUAAUAAAAAUAUAUUAAUAUUAGAUGGGUUUUUACUUUUCAAAUGUAAGGUUAUUUCAGAUUUAUGUGAUCGUAAAUAUUUCAUAACAUUAACAAAAGAAGAAUGUUGGGAAAGAAGGAAAGGAAGAGUAUACGAUCCACCAGAUGUUCCUGGCUAUUUCGAAAAAGUUGUUUGGCCAGAAUAUUUAAAGCAUAAAGACGAAUUAAUGAAGGACAAUGAUUUUUGUAAGACAAUAACAUUCAUUGAUGGAUUGGAAAGUAAAGAAGAGAUAUUUCAACUGGUUUUUGCAGAAAUAAAAAAAUUAUUAUCAUAAAGUCUCAUCAUAUUAUUAUAUGUAAAAAAAGAAGCGCUUAAAACUAUAAAAAAUAAAUAUACACCAUAAACUGA